CGAGCAGCGGGAAACACAGCAACACUGAGUAAACAUAUGUUUUUGUAGCGUAAUAUAAAUAAAAUAGCAUAACACAAAAUGGAAUUUUUACACGAAUCCGUUGCACUGGGCGUGGAUCUGCUAAUACUUGGCCUGUGUGCGCGCGAGUACGUGCACUACAAGCGAACUGCCAAGGUGCUGAAGGCGGCACCACAAUACAACAUCGAUGGAGACCUAAAAUCGGUGGUGGAGCGGCAGCGCGACAAGAAGAUACCAUAUGCGGUAAUCCGGGGCACAGUGACGCCCAUCGGGGUGCCACUGAGGAGCUCCCUGGUGCCCAGUGUGAGUGGAGUGCUGCAGAUUGUGAAGCUGCAUGAGCACAGGGUAACGCGCGGAUUCGCCGGCUUCUGGACGGAACAACACAAGUUGCUGCACGAAUCCGCCAACGAGAUGCCCUUCGAGUUGCGUAACCAGAGCCAUGGUGUGGAGAUUGUGGACGCCUUGAGUGCCGCCGUCUUGGACGUGGACGUGGUCUACGACAACUACGAGCCCUCCAAUCUGUCCCUCUUCGACCAUGUGUUUGGUUUCUUCUCUGGCGUCCGUCAGAGGGGAUUGCAAACGACGGAGGAGGUGCUCAGAGAAGGCAGCUUCCUGACCGCUAUUGGUGAACUGGAGUUGGAUGGCGAUACUCUGCGCAUGCAGCCCUCCAAUGAGGGACCGCUCUUCCUGACCACUGCCACCAAGUCCACGCUUAUUAAGCGGUUCGAAGAUGCCAAGACAACGACGAUACUCAAGCUGGUUGUGUGCAGCACCAUCUCUGCCAUCCUGGUUGCCUUCAUUGCCAAGAAACUCUACCGAAAACGAAAGCAGGAGCGGGAGGAGGCCAAAAUUCGCGAACGCCUGGAUACGGAGCGUCGGGAGCGGAGGGCGAGGAGUCGUCCUCACACUCUGUCCCAGGAUCAACUCUGCGUGGUGUGCUCCACCAAUCCCAAGGAGAUUAUCCUACUGCCAUGUGGUCAUGUGUGUCUCUGCGAGGACUGUGCCCAGAAAAUCUCCGUCACCUGCCCCGUGUGUCGUGGUAGCAUCGUCUCCAAGGCAGCCGCCUUCAUCGCCUAGGAACCAACGAAGAUGCCAACAAGAUCACCUUGUACCUGUGUGCGCCAAACUUUUUAUUUGUUACAAUGCUCAUGUACGGCAUUUAUUUAAAAUUAUUGAAAGUCUUGACAUCGGAAUGAAAAAAAAUCACUUUGUGUCUGCCUGCAUAAUGCGCCUGUACUGUCGUUGGUUCUCCAGCAGCUGCAGGAACACCUUGUACUUGCGAUUGUGGAACUCAAGCGUUUCCGCGUUCGGCUUCACCAGCUGGCCAGUGCCACCCAUGGAUUUCGAGGCGCUCUAAGAGCACAACGAGUAGUUUAUAAACCAGUUAGAUAUUUAGAUAUUCUUAAGCUCACCUCCAAGCUGUCGAAGUGGCCGGAGGCAGCGGCUCCCAAGGCAGCAGCGCCCACCAGAACCAUUUCCUGUUCAUCCGGAAUCAGUGCGGGCAGAUUGCAAAUGUCCGCAUGACAUUGUACGUACAGAGGAUUCUUGGCCAAUCCCCCGCAGAAAAGUAGCGUUUGAAAGGGAGCUCUACCGUACUGGUAAAGGUUUUCAAUAAUGUGACGUGUGCCGUACUGAAGU